AUGAAGAAGUACUCAUCCUAAAGAUUAUUAUUAACUAAUGAAGAACUUCUACGUAUUUAAAUACUAACUAAAAACUCUUUCAGACCUUCUUCAAAAUAAAGAAUUAAAGAAAAACCUCAAAUUGAAUAAUAUCAAUUCAAACCUGAGGUAUUAUCUAAAUAUAUUCUAGAUUAAUAAAUAAUCUGCAAAUCUAUAAAGAUCUAUAAAUGAUUUAUUCAGAUGGAAUUUAAAUAGAUAAAUGAAAAGACAAUAAAUAUAUGAAGAUGAAGUAUUAAAUACACAUUUAUAUAUAGUCAAGAGAAUUACUCAAUAAUGCUAAUAGAUUAACUCAUGAAUUAACUAAUUAAUCUGUUUUUGAUAGAUUAUAUUAAGUACGAAAAAACAGUGAAAAUAUUAUAUGUAAUUAAUCUUCUCUUUAAUAUUAGAAUAAUCUAAAAGAAAUACUAGUAAUUUUGGACCUUAUUAUACUAAAAAUAUGACUAGUUCCAUGUAUUAAGAAUAUCAAAGAUAAUAAUAAUUAGAUGUAUCUUAAUUCAAAUCUAAAACAAAUGCUACUGAUAGUAAAUAUGAAUAAUCACAUUAAUAAACUCCAAAUCCUAAUUUUUUAGAUUCUGAUUAAUUACCUAUAGCAGUAAAUGAUGUAAUUAUUUAUUUUUAAUAUAAAAGUAAAUCAAAGCUUAAAUACCUGUACAUCAAUAUGUAGACUUAACUGAAUAAUUAAGUAAUUCUAUGAAUGAACCUGAUUCACCUGCAAAAUCACCCUUACAUUAGAAAGAUAUAGAAGUCAUGGUUGAAAGGUAUAAAAAUUUAUUUAAAAUAAAAUAGAUUAAAUAAUUGGUAAGCUAAGAAAUAAUAAUUAGACCAAUAGGUAUAAUAGGAAGAUUAACAUGUAAAAUCAUAAAUUAAACAUAAUUUAAUAAAUUAAAAUAGAAUACCAUCAUUUGGAAGUUCAUAAUCUCAAUCCAAAUUUUAUUCGAAUAUGUUUCUUAAUAAUCAUCAAAUUAAUUGA